AUGUCUUCCACUGAACACACUCCCGUUAUCGUACUGGGCUUCUCCGCGAGUUUCUUCAAAUACAACCUGUUCAGUCACUCCAAGACCCGUGGGGAUCGUAAAUGGCAGGGACCACCGCUGGCAGACUCAACGCCAGACUUGUUCUGGGAAUUCGAAGCCGUUUCUUUCAAUACCGCACUGCUACUCAAGGAGCCCAAAUCGACAGCGACGCUGCGAAUGAAGGAGGCUGAGAUAUUACGUUACUCCGACGAUUUAUACGAUUCUAAAACCAGGGCCAUCAAUGAAUACACGGGCGAGCAUCGGAUGAUCAGAACCCUGAUUGAUGGGCCGGACGGCUUCGCUGUCGCACAAAUCACCUUCCAUGACAUAUCGCAGGAGGACAAGGGGGUCGAAAAUGAAGUCACCGCUCUGUGCAAGAUUGCCUGGGGAAAGGAGAAAACCGGGCGUGCCGUGAAUGAGGCAAACGUUUACGACAAAUGCGAAGAGUUCCAAGGAGACUUCAUUCCCAAGAAGCUUGGAUUCUUCGCCCGUCAAGGGGAUGGUAUCGACUGCCCACCACUUUGCUGUCUCAUGCUGUCCCCCGAUGGAGAACCAGAGGACUCCUUCAUGGAAAUGUGGGACGACCGGCGUGAGGAAGAAUAUGGAUAUAUGAAGAACUUGGUGUAUAGGCGAGUAGGGUCUGAAAACAUCUCCACCGUGUUGUUGACAGUUUUAUCCACCGCCGUUAGACAAGACAUUCUAGGAGGCCUCGUGAAAUUGCAUGAUGCGGGGAUCGUGUUUUCCAAGAACGGGCUCCAACCUGAAGGGACACUUAUCAGGGCCGAGACGGGACGGUACAUGAUCUACGAUCUCGACAAAUGCGUCGACCACGCCGAAUGCGAUCAAAUGGAGGGGGUGCCACGGAAGAUCGAAAUGUUCCAGCCAACCCCGAACAAUAUAUGCUCCAAAUUUGAUUCAAACAUUGAAAGCCUAGUGGAUGCGCUCUCGAGCUACACUUGGUACUUACACAUGCGGGUCACGUGGUUAGACGCGUUUUGUCUUGCCGUUCCGUCCAAGUUCCAAGUUCCGCCGGGGGAGCAUGACAUUGAACACUAUAUCCCCCUCGAGAUUCUAUUGGAGCCAGACUAUGAGAAAGCCGCCAAGAUGAUCACUGCAUUGAUCAAGCAGAAAGAUGACAAGAUUAUCGUCACCCAAGACUUUCACGAUUAUGUGCAGCAGAAAGCCGAGAAUAACCUUCGCUCAGUCAUACAACAGUGGCUCACACGGCGCACAGAAACAGCGGAAAAAGGCGAAACGGUCGCAGUACCGCUCAAAAGUCUAAAUCAGGAUAAGUUGCCAGAGUCAUGGUUGGAAGGAGUAGCAAAGAUGGGUGUAAGAGUUUUGGAUCACGACGGGCUCCUGCUAGAAUGA